UGAUUGUCUAUUGACUAUCACGCAGACGAAAGCGGAGUACUGAAACGCGUUCAUUUUUUGCCCAAAAUAAAACAUUUACACUUGUUUUCUCUGAGAGUGCAGGAGAUCUUUGCAGUGGUGCGGUCUGCAAUUUUAUUUCCACAAUUCGGCAUUAAGUACAAUACAUUUGAGAUGUUUUCUUUCCUUGUAAAAAAGUGUCCAUUUACUUCGCGGCAUCGCUGUGAGAGCCUGUUAUUUGUUUGGAGAAAGUCACCGGACUCCCUUUUUAAAAAACGCUGAAUUUGGAAAAUGUAGUGUUUGGAGACACUGUGUAAACUUGACUCUGAGCCGUGAAGCCCAAAAUCGAAGACGAGCGCAGAAAUGUCCGCAUGUGAGUUUGAAUCGCUGGAGAAGUCCCUGGAGACUCACCUGCCGGAGGCCGAGCUCCGAGAGGUGCAGCGCAUCUUAUUCGGGAAGGAAACGAGGAAGUUGGACCUCCCGUCAUGUGCUGUGGACGCUGCCUCUGAGCGUGACUUUGAGCUGAAGGGUUAUGGGUUUGAAGCUGCUCAGGAACAGCUGAGGCCACCCAGACGGAUCCGCGUGGGACUCAUUCAGCACCGCAUCGUUCUGCCCACCGAUGCCCCCAUCCUGGACCAGAUUAACGCCAUGCAUAACCGGGUUGGUGAAAUGGUCGAGGUGGCAGCCAUGUGCGGUGUCAACAUCAUCUGUUUUCAGGAGACCUGGACCAUGCCCUUUGCUUUCUGCACCCGCGAGAAACAUCCAUGGACGGAGUUUGCGGAGUCUGCUGAGGAGGGAAACACCACACGCUUCUGCCAAGAGCUGGCCAAAAAGUACAACAUGGUAGUUGUUUCACCAAUUCUGGAGCGAGAAGAGCUGCACGACACUCUGUGGAACACAGCAGUGGUGAUCUCCAACUCUGGGAGAGUGCUGGGAAAGAGCAGGAAGAACCAUAUCCCCAGGAUCGGAGACUUUAAUGAGUCUACAUAUUAUAUGGAGGGCGACACCGGCCACACGGUGUUCCAGACACAAUUUGGGAAGAUAGCUGUGAACAUCUGUUACGGGCGCCAUCACCCUCUCAACUGGUUCAUGUACAGUAUGAACGGAGCCGAGAUCAUCUUCAACCCUUCUGCUACUGUCGGUGCUCUCAGUGAGCCCAUGUGGCCUAUAGAGGCCAGGAAUGCAGCAAUAGCUAACCACUGUUUCACUUGUGCAAUCAACCGCGUUGGGAUGGAACAUUUCAAAAGUGAGUUCACAUCCGGUGAUGGAAAAAAAGCUCACCAUGACUUUGGACACUUCUAUGGAUCCAGUUAUGUGGCUGCUCCUGACGGCAGCCGCACCCCUGGGCUCUCUAGGACGUCUGAUGGACUUCUGGUGGUAGAAAUGGAUCUAAACCUGAACAGACAAAUCAGCGACAGAUGGAGUUUUAAGAUGACUGGGCGGUAUGCUGAGUAUGCAGAGAAACUUACAAAGGCUGUCACACAUGACUUCAAACCCAACAUAGUGAAGGAGUAGAUGGUAUUCCACUAUAGUCCAUGAAUGAAACACACCAAGUUCAGUCUUUUUCAUUUCAUUUGACAUUCUGUCUUUGUACUUGUCAGUUUAUCUCAGAAAACAUAUUCAAAGUUAAAGCUGUGCUGUUUUUUUCAUAUAUAUUGGAUAAAUAACUAUUUGAUUGUUGAUUUGA